AUGAUGCUCCCCUUCUUCUUGCUAAUUCUCCUGGGGCUCCCAUGUGUGGAUGCCACUGACAACAAUACCAGUGGGCUGGAAAACAGCGUGGAUGCUGACCCUGAGCCUCGGUGGAAGCCUACCCUACAGUGCAAGACCUGCUCGACCAUAAACACCUUCGUUUGUCAUGCUCAUAAGCUGUGUCCAGACGGACAAAGACGCUGUGCGACAGUCGCUGUACGCGUGAACUCUCGGGAACUCAUGGUCUACAAGGACUGCAUAAGAGACUGCACGUUUGUAUAUAAAGUUCACCAGCCUGCAGCAGUAGGUGGAGGUAGAAGGCUUCCAGGAACCAAUAGCUUCUACUAUGUCUACUGCUGCGCGGGAAAUGAUUGUAAUAUUGUAGGACCUUCUAAUAUAGAGAGGGAUUUGAUAGGUGACAAGGUGAUUGAGGAAACCAUAAUUGCAAGAGCUGUGUGUCUUGGGGAGUUCAACCUUCUCCCAAGCCUUGCGUUACUACUCUCCAGCAGCCUAAUGACCUGAGAACCCCUCUAGGGGGUGUAUUCA